AAGUUAUACAUGACGAUCACUCACACUUCGUCUCCAUGUACAUCCGAGCAAAACAACAAAGGCUCCAUGUGGACCACCAGAAACGUGCCAUUGACGUCUCGUGGUGUUGAUCUCUCUCAAAACCAUGUCCGCAAGGUGGCCAUACAUGAUUGAACCUGCGAAAUGACCUCUCGUUUCCGUCGGAACGCAGGAUCUGAUUCAUCUCCUCGGCAGCUGAAGUGUCUCUGAUCUGAUCUGAAUGGCCGUGUCCGCAGGUUCUGAUUCAUCUCCUCUUAGUAACGCCAUCGAUGACGCUGUUGGAGGACGGAAAGGAGACCCAACACUGACAAGCAGCAGGUAGAGAAAUGUGCAGGUGAUCACCGUCAGCAAGGCUUCGCAGCACUGAAAUGUCCGAAUCGGAGGAUAUCCCCAAGCACCACGCCAUCUUCGUGGCCGCGCCCUUCCAAGGUCACUUUACGCCGGCUGCCAACUUCGCCGUCAAGAUCGCCGCCAGGGGUUUCAUCGUCACCUUCGUCACCACCGAGGCCUUUCACCACCAGCGCACCGCCUCCGGUGCGGUGUCCGUUGACGGCCACGAGGUCUUCGCCGACGCCCGCUCGAUGGGCUUGGACAUCCGCUACGAGCUCGUGAGCGACGGACUGGCCGUGACCUUCGACAGGUACAUGCACCGGGAUCAAUUCUCCGAUGCCUUCUACCACCUGCUCCCCGUCCAUGUCGAGGAGCUGAUGCGGAAGCUCCUGCUCGCGGAGCCCCCCAUCGACGUCCUCAUCUCCGACACCUUCGCCGUGUGGCCAUCGACCUUGGCCAAGAAGUUUGGGCUGCCUUAUGUCUCCUUCUGGACCGAGCCGGCGCUCGUCUUCGCCAUCUACUACCACAUGCACCUCCUCGUCGAAAAUGGCCACUUUGGCUCUCCUACCGAGACUCGCAAGGAUACCAUCACGUACAUACCCGGCGUGCGGUCCAUCGAGCCGACGGACCUCGUGUCAUUCUUUCACGCGCCGGAGGCGUCAUGGCGGCUGCUCAGGAACGCCGGUAAGGCAUUCGAGGAGGUCAAGGGGGCCGACUUCGUGCUGUGCAACACGGUGCAGGAGCUCGAAGUGGAGGUCAUCGGGGCGCUGCAGCAGGAGUGGCCAUUCUACGCCGUGGGGCCCAUCGGUCCCGACUCCGGCGAAGGCGGGGCAGCGACCAGCCUAUGGCCCGAGCUGGAUUGCUCGCAGUGGCUCCACUCCAUGCCGCCGCGUUCCGUGCUCUAUAUUUCGUUCGGAAGCAUCGCCGAGGUUAGCAAGCGGGACAUGGACGAGAUCGCUUACGGAGUCCUCGACAGCAAAUCCAGCUUCAUAUGGGUGCUUCGGCCAGGAAGCGGGAGCACGGAGGGCACCCCACUUCCCGAGGGGUUCAUCGAUGCAUGCAAAGGGAGGGGGAUGGUGGUGCCGUGGUGCCGUCAGAAGCAAGUCCUGCUGCACCCGGCGGUGGGCGGCUUCCUGACGCACUGCGGGUGGAACUCGAUCCUGGAGAGCAUGUGGUGCGGGGUGCCGAUGCUGUGCUUCCCAGUGUUUGCGGACCAGCCGACGAACCGGAAGAUGGUGGUGGAGGACCUGAGGAUAGGGAUCGAUGUCGGAAGUAUCGGCGAGGUGAGCAGGGCGGAAGUCUCGAGGAGGAUCGACAGCCUGAUGGGAGGAGGAGUAGGCGGUGAGCUGAGGAAGGAGAUGGAGGAAGCUCAAAGGGCGGUCAAGAGUGCGGUGACUCCGUGUGGUUCGUCAAGCAAGAACAUGGAGCGGUUCACCGUCGAUCUGCUGAAACAUCUGUCGGAGAAGAAGCGAGAGCAAUAGACGCGUUGGUGUGAUGGACAUGGAAAAUGUCCUACUUUUUUGCUGCUCGCGGAUCUACUUUUGAUGUUCGAUUGUUGAAAAGGCGAGUGGUUCUCAAAAGGAUGUUUGAUUGUUCCCAUGAUAAUGGAUCAGUGUUUGUUUUUGUGGA